AGUCUUCGUUCCUAAAAAUCAGAGGCGCGUGGGGAGGGUGGAAGGAACGACGUGCCCCCCUCCUCCUCUCUUACAGAAAUCAGGCCCUUCCGUCGAUCGAACUCGGGAUAUCGUCCACCCUUUUGAUCGACCAAUACCCAUCUCCUUUUUACUGCACGUCGCUAUCCGAUCACGAUCAAAUCAAAGCGGAAAGGAACAGGGGAGGCGUCCGAUCGAGGGUGAAAAGUAGAUUGAUUAAAAAUAAUAACCCUUUCUCACAGGUAAGAUAACCGAUUCCUGGGGAGGAAGGAAAACGGAAGAAGAAAAAGAAGGGAGGAGGAAAGGGCAGUCGUCUUAUUUAUCCCUUCGGGUUGCAGGAGGAAGAAAAAAGACGAUGGGCAGGAUGAUGGGGAGUUUCCCCAGGAAUUCAGCGUUUCUGUUUUCUCUGUUGCUUGGAAUUGUCGUCUGCAUCGAUGCUUCCGAUACCAACAAUGUCUUUCAGCCGUGCCUCGACACCCUGAUCCAGAAAUCGGACGGCUUCACAUUCGGCCUGGCUUUCUCGCCCGGUGAUAGCUUCUUCUCCCAGCCAGACAAAGUCCAGCUUUCUCCCUGCGAUGGCCGCCUAGGCCUCGAGAAUUCUAACGCUCAGGUUGCUGUGUUCAGGCCGAAGGUCGACGAGAUCUCUCUCCUCACCAUAAAUUAUUCCAACUUCGGCCAGAUAUUCCAACAGAAUGUUUCUAUGGUGGCAUUUGCUGGUCGACAGUAUGCAGCACGGUCUUUCCCUGUAUUUGUUGCAAAUGACAGCUAUAUUGUCUCCAGCUUCACAUUGGUUCUUGAAUUUCAGAUAGGAAGGCUCCAAAACUUGUACUGGAAAAGUGACAAUUGUGCGGCAUGUUCAGGGAAAUCAAAUACAGUUUGCAUAGAAGGUCAAAACUGUGCAAUCCCGCGCACAAAGUGCAAAGAUCGGCAGGGCAACAUUGACUGUAGUCUGAGUGUACAACUGACGUUCUCUGGCACAGACAAGAAUUACGUUGCUCUGAACUCAUGGUAUGAAGUGAAAAAUCUAAGGCAGUACUCUCUGUAUGAUUUAUACUCCAACCUGAAGAACUCUCUCGCCAGCCUAACUGGUUAAGGCGGCUAAUACCUAUGCUUCUCAUUACUCAUACAACCAACCAACGUCUUUGUGACCUUUUUUCGGCUUUUGUGAGCAUUUGGCGGGUACCAUUUCCCCUUUGAAGAGCUUUUGUCACUGUUUAUAGCUUAUCCCCCUGUGCAUGAGGAGAUCCCCGUGUAUCAUGUUUGUGUGGUGAAGUUGGUUCUUUGCUCAGGAUGUUAUAUUUUGAAUCCAACUUGGUUGAUGUGGUUGUCAGCUCCA